AGUCACGCUGAACAAUUUUUAAUUAAGAGGACAAUUGUAUUAUUUAAUUUCAUGUGGUUUAAUCAAUUAAAAAGGAUCAAUCUAAACAUGUGGAAGUGGAAAGAAUAAUGAUGUGACAUUGCUGAGAUGAAUACAUCAAUAUAUUUUACCCUCUUUUAUUAAUGCCCGAUUCGAUACGAAGGAGUAAUAUAAAACUAUCUUGGAAUUUAGUUGUUUACUCCUGUCGGCACCUUUUUUUCUGGAAAAAUAAUCAACUAAUUUUCUAACGUGAAUAUCAUCAGGUAAUCUAUAAACGUGUCUGGUGAGUCCUUAAAGUAUGAAUAACUUAAGCGUUUCUAGUACAGUUUCAACGCCUGAAGGGCUCAGGCCGCUCAGCUACCUCUCAACCACAAUUGUGUAUGUCUUAUUUGGCGUAUUUGGAAUCAUUGGCAAUGGGCUCGUGCUCCUUGUUAUUGCCAGAGUCGAUGAUCUCCAGAGUGUCACAAAUCUCUUCAUCGCCAACCAAUCCCUGAUCGAUCUAUGUACGUCGGUUAUCCUAAUCGCUACCUAUGUUCUACCACUGCCAUCACUGCCAAAAGAUCGACCAGGUCUGGCUACGUUUAUCUGCCGUUACUGGUAUAGUAGGUACCCGUUCUGGUCGCUUAUCGUAGCUAGUUCUCUCAAUCUGGUCUUGAUGACACUGGAACGUUUUUGUGCCGUAUUUUACCCUAUCCGUUUCAGACAACAUACUAACUAUAAGCUCCUCAAAUUCAUCGCAUUGUUCCCUUGGGCAAUAGGGUUUCUUUUUCAGCUCUCGUCGGGGUAUUUUGCAUCCUUUGAUGGUAACGACUGCAUACUAUCAUUCUUCUCCAACCCUGCUUUCAAGAACAUCUUUCAACCAGCCGCCAUAUCUCUGGAAUUCAUAUUGCCUGUUUUUGCGAUGGUCGUCGUGUACACAGCGAUCUUCAUUCGGCUUCGAAACGAUGGAAUGCGCGCAUUCAAUCAUUCCACGCGAAGCGGGAUAAAAGCCAAUUCAAAAGCCGCAAACCAGCAACCGCGCAUCGCCGAUUAUCGAAGCAGAGCGAGAAUCAACACCAUAAAGACACUGCUAAUUGUUUCGGCGUUUUUCAUUUUAUGUUGGUCUACGAAUAUGAUCUUAUUCUUCAUCUUCAGCUGCUGUGGUGGAGGUGUAGAUUUGAACAGCUUGCUCUAUAAGAUUUCAGUAUUUCUUGGUUUUGGAAACAUGUGGAUAAAUCCCUUCAUUUAUUCUUUUCAAUACCGCUGGUUUCAGAAAGGUCUAAGAAGGGUCUUCUGCAAGGGUAACAGAAAGAGCAACACUGAAGCGGUACAAACAAUAUCAAAAGCUCGAAAUCAGACAAGUGAAACGGUGUCUCUUUAAAUUCAUCAGCUAAAGAUAAGAAGGGGCACACAUCUUCAUCCAGCCCUCGUUUAAUUAGUCACAAGUAGUAGUUAUAAUAAUACUAGAGGUAUAGUGGUACGGGGAUUAAUAGUAGUAGUAGUAGAAGAAGUUCAGGGCUCCGUCUUACAAAGAGUUACGAUUGAUUCGAUCAAUCUCAAAUCCAAUAAUGUCAUAUAUUUUUUUGUACAGGAUAUUUGCACACUGUCCUUUGUAAGCAAAGAGAAGUCCACUUAAUUUUGAAUUUUCAAGAAAACGAUGAAUGUAUGAAUACACAUUAUAUCUAGAAAAUAUUUUGAACAAAUAUGCAUUUUAAAUGUUGACGUUGCUGGCUUUCCAUAGUUGUGGUUGG